AUGACGAUCACGAGCAAGCAGUCUGGACACCAGCGCCACAAGUCUACAGGCAACCUUCAAGCCGCUUCCCGCAAUGGUGCCCUCCAGGCCGCUGCCAAGCGCACCGUCUUUGGCGAUGUGAGCAAUGUUGUCAAGGGCCUCACUUCGGGCAGCGGCGUUGUCGGCGCUACCAAGGGCAAGAUUACCGUCGCUGCCGAUAAGAACACCCUCAGCACGCAAGCCACGUUUGGGUUUUCCAAGCCCGCACAGCGAUCGAUUGCUCCUUCCCAACCGGCCAAGGGCAAUCUGAAGACGAUGGCCUCAGCUAGCCACAUUGGCAGCCAGAACAAGCUCGCUGUCCACAAUGAUACGCGACUCGACGCGUCGCAGGCUCAAAUCGUGCCUGUGCAGGCCUCGAGACCCAUGACGGCGGAUGGCAAGCUGGUGGGUUCGACGUCAGUCGACACUCUCCAGGGAGAGUCGAUCCUCGAUCCUACAUCUUUUGCACACCUCGCGGCCGAUCACGAAGUUCAGGCCAACCUGGGCAGCAUGUUGGAUGUCGAUCUGAACAUGGCGCCGUCCGUGGACAAUGGCGCUCUUCUCCAUGAUCAAGAAGCCGACCGUGUGGCCCACCUUGUCCCUGCGAAACCCGCUAUGACAACCUUCCAGCCUCGCCACCACAAGUCUCAGCCCCAGCUUAAGAACGAGGCUGUUGUACAACCGCUGCGACGCACGCAGAGCCGGUACCUCGCGCCACAGACGUCCGAGCCUCUCGAUCACGAAGAGUCGAAGUACCUUGACGACGUUACCGAGGCCGCUUACGAGGAUGCCCUCGAACACAUCCUCGAUCAGCAGUUGCAAGGAAUCGAAGGGAACGGCCACUCUGCCAAAGACCGUGGAUACGACGACAAGGCCGCAUCCCAAUACCCUGAGACUGGUGGCGAGACUUCACAUAACUUGGACCAGAACUUGGAUCUCGCUCUGUCUGAGCAAUUGCCUGCUCCUCCCAUGUCGGAACCCGAGGAGUAUUGGGACGAGGUUGAGGAAGAAGAACUCUACGAUGACCAGGGAUACACGACGGCCCACUCCUACAAGUCGCGUGGUGAAAUGACCGUCAGCGGUGCGACUGCCCUCCUUGCUCCCAAGUUUACGGAACUCGUGCAGCGAGAGCUCCAGGCCGCGAAAGAGCAUGUCGAGUACCAUCGCACUCCUGAUGAGGUUGAGGAGGAGUUCUGGGAUGUCUGCAUGGUCGCAGAGUACGGCGAAGAUAUCUUUGAGUAUCUCCAGGAACUCGAGACGCGCAUGAUGCCCGACCCCCAUUACAUGGAUCACCAGUCCGAGAUCCAGUGGUCUAUGCGCUCAGUCCUCAUGGACUGGCUUGUGCAAGUGCAUGCACGCUUCAGUCUCCUUCCGGAAACUCUUUUCCUGACGGUCAACUUUAUCGACCGCUUCUUGACGUUCAAGGCGGUUUCUAUCGGCAAGCUCCAGCUUGUUGGUGCCACCGCAUUGCUGCUUGCAUCCAAGUAUGAAGAGAUCAACUGCCCCUCGCUUGAGGAGAUUGUCUUCAUGGUUGAUGGGUCGUACGCCGUCGAGGAGAUCCUGAAGGCGGAGCGCUUCAUGCUGAGCAUGCUAGGCUUCGAGCUGGGAUGGCCUGGUCCAAUGAGCUUCCUCAGACGCAUUAGCAAAGCCGACGAUUACGAUCUGGAGACACGCACCCUAGCCAAGUACUUCCUCGAAGUAACCAUCAUGGACGAGCGCUUCGUGGCAAGCCCACCUAGCUUCCUGGCGGCAGGCGCCCACUGCCUGUCCCGCAUGAUUCUGAAGAAGGGCGACUGGUCCCAGGCCCAUGUUCACUACUCGGGAUACACAUGGAGUCAAUUGAAGUCGCUCGUGCGCCUUAUCCUCUCCUGCUGCGAGUCGCCUCGCGAGCACCACGCGGCUGUCUUUGAGAAGUAUGUCGACAAGAGAUACAAGCGGGCGGCCGAGUACGUCCAGAUUGAACUUAAGAAGGGCUUCACUGUCCCCUUACGGUCACCCACCGGCCAUCCCUCCCCGUUGAUGGACCUUGGCUGCUACGAGAACGAGCUAGGCGCCUUCAACUAUCCGGCUAAGACAGGCCAGCUCAUCAACGCAUGA